GCGCCGCUCGCUCGAGCUGACCGUUCCUUAUAAAAGCCGAGGGUAGCCACGUGAGGAUUCAGUGUGCUCACUGCCUACUAGCAUGGACGGCACAGGCAAACUGAAAGCUCUACUGCUUCUGGCCCUCGUGGUGCUCGCCGCGCGAGCGGAGGAGGCCGAGAAGAAGGACGCGGAGGCUGCCCCGGCAGCGCCCGAGGAGAAGAAGGCUGAGGAGAAGUCGAAGCGCGGCCUGGAGCUGAGCCUCGGCGACUUCGGCGGCCACUUCGGCGGCCACCUCGGCGGCUACGGCGACCUGGGCGGACACGGUCUCGGCGGCGGCCACGAGCACAUCACUCACGAGCACAUCAAGGCCACGACCAUCACCAAGCACGUGCCCGUGCUCCAGCCGUACCCCGUCCACGUCGAGAAGCACGUGCCCUACCCGGUCAAGGUGCCCGUCAAGGUGCCCGUCGACAGGCCCUACCCCGUCCACGUGCCCCAGCCCUACCACGUCAUCCACGAGAAGCACGUGCCCUACCCGGUCGAGAAGCCCGUGCCCUACCCCGUCAAGGUUGCCGUCAAGGUGCCCGUGAAAGUACCCUACGAGGUUAAGGUACCCGUCCACGUGCCCGUCGAGGUCCACAAGCCAGUGCCCUACGCGGUCAAGGUCCCCAUCACCAUCAAGGAGCCCUACCCCGUCUACAUCAAGGAGCACCAUCAUGAGCAUCACGGCUGGGCCGGCGACCUCCACGGCUGGGGCCACAUAUAGAGAUCACCCGCAACAGCGUCAUCACCACAGCAAGAGCAAACCAAUAAGCGCGAAUAAUCCCGUUCGUUGUUCUUCCACGACAUGACGAUCUCAUGAGUGAUAUGCAUCCAUCGUAUUAUGUUAAUUCCAUACGCGCACGACGCACACAACUUCGUCGUUGUCGCUAUGUACACACACACGAGUAUUUCGAGAGCCGAGACACGCGGCUCCGAGACGAAAGCUUAUUUUGUAGCAAAAAUAAUUAUUCAUCCGUACGGCUUCGUACGCGCGAGUACAAUACUUUUUACAUGUUCAUGUGAAUAAACUUUAUUUUUUUACUAAAAAAAA